AUGGACGAGCUCAAGAACGCCAUCGCCGUCAUCCCCAACAAGUACUACUUCGGCGUCGUCCACAGCCUCGACAGCGUCCAGAGGUCGUCCGUCGUCGCGCGAGGCGACCUCGUGUACUGCAUUGACCAUGACCUGCUCUACGAACCCUUCUUCGGGGACUUCGGGCCGCUCAACAUGGGCCUCUCCUAUCGCUUCUGCGAGCGCACCCAGAACCUGAUGGAGGAGGCGGAUCGGAGGGGAAAGAGGCUGUACUUGGUGGCGCAGGCCGCGCCGAACUUCAAGGCGAACGCGACGGUUCUCGUCGGCAUCUACCUCAUCAUGAUCUGCGGGUGGGCCGCGGACGAGGCCUACGAGGUCCUGAAGGUCCUCCGCCCGUUCGCGUCCUUCCGCGACGCCUCGUGCGGCCCCAGCACCUUCCCGCUCACCCCCCAGGACUGCCUGAAAGGGAUGCAGCGCGCGCGCGACACCGGCCUCGUGCGCUUCACGCCGCUCGGGGACCCCACGGCCUUCGACAUCCUCGAGUACGAGCACUACGAGCAGGUCGAGAAGGGCGACCUCAACUGGAUCGUGCCGGGCAAGCUGCUGGCGUUUGGCGGGCCGCAGGCGAAGCGCACCGAGUUCUACGGCUACAAGACGCUGGUGCCGGAGGACUACCACGAGUACUUCCGGCGGCGCAACGUGACGUCCGUCGUGCGGCUGAACCGGCGCGUGUACGACCGCGCGCGCUUCACCAGCGCCGGGCUGCAGCUCCACGAGAUGUACUUCCCCGACGGGACGUGCCCGACGGAGGCCAUCAUGCAGCGGUUCCUGCGGACCGUCGAGACGGAGCCCGGCGCGCUCGCCGUGCACUGCAAGGCCGGCCUCGGGCGCACCGGCGUGCUCAUUUGCGCCUGGCUGUGCAAGCACCUGGGCUUCACGGCCGAGGAGGCCAUCGCGUACAUCCGGAUCUGCCGGCCCGGGUCCGUCAUCGGGCCGCAGCAGCACUUCCUGAAGCAGAUGCAGGGGUGGCUGUGGCGCGAGGGCGAGGCGUUCCGCGCGCAGCAGGAGCAGCGCGCCGCCAGCAAGGCGCAGCUGGUGCGGUCGGGGAGCAACUCGCUCGCGAGCAGCGCCGCGACGAUCCGCACGGGCGUCGCGCAGCCGCCGGGGUCCGGCGGGACGGAGACGCCGCGCACGAGCAGCAUGACGGUGACGCCGCGGUCGGCCACGCCGUCGCCGUCCGACACGCUCGACGACGGCGGGGGCGCCGCGGCGUCGGACGCGUCGGACUGCGCGCACGUGUCGCCGAUGAAGCCGCUGCGGUCCGGCACGCACGCGCCGCAGUACAUGAGCCACGAGCAGAUCGAGCGGGCGGGCGGCGCGAAGAACCUGCGCGCGUCGGCCCCGGCGGGCUCGGCCGCCGCGGUGGUCAAGGCCGCGAAACGCGCGCUCGCGAACCCGCACGGCGCCGGGAGCGGCAACCCGCGGCAGAACUACGGCGCGGCGCCGAUGACGCCGCGCGCGGGGGCGCGCCUGCUGGGCCCCGUGCGCCAGGCGUCGGGGGCGAGCCUGAACGCGUCGGCGUCGUCGCGCACGGCGUCGCGCCAGGGCAGCACGACGUCGCGCGUGCCGCAGACCGCGUCCGCGUCGGUGGGGCCGUCGGCGCGCUCCGCGACGCGCCCCGCGAGCGAGAAGGCGCCGCGCCACGCCGCGCCUGGACGCUCCAGCAGCACCGGCACCGCGGCGGGCAUGCGCACGCCGUGGGGCGUCAGCGGCGUCGCGCGGACGACGUCGGCGGUUGGCACGACGCGCACGGCGUCGUGGAAGGCCCCGUCGAGCAGCUCGUCGGCCCGCACGGAUCGCCUGCGGCUGCAGGGCAGCGCGCUCAUGUCGCGGCCGGGCGCGGGGAGCGCGCGCGCCGGGGUGCCGCAGGUGCAGGGCCUGGCGUCGAGCCCGCGGGCGCGGUCUGGCACGACGGUGCAGCGCGUGGUCACGAAGGCCGGGCAGCCGCGGAAGAUGCCUGCCGCGCUGGCGACGCAGCAUCAAAAGGCGGGCGAGGUGCUGCUGCCGUCGCAGGGGUGA